AUGGCAAGGAUCGACAAAACACUUCAGCGGCGUCGAGGGCCGAAACCGAUGGACCGCACGUGGAUGGCAGCGUGCAUGGGCGGAAUUUUGUUGUUCUGCAGCGGCGAGAUCGUUGCAGCUCAGCUGAGUGAAGGCAUUCAACACCGGCGUUUGUCCACUACGUUCACGACUGUUCCGCCCGUGUUCCAGGGUGCGGUCGCCACUUGCACAUUAACUGGAGCAGCUGCCAUAGCCUCUACGCCUGCUGCUACCUCUCUGACGCUGUCGCAACAAAGUCUCUCCGCUACCCUGGUAUGUACAGGAACACAAAUCAAGAAGGUUCCAGCAGGCUUAGAACACGUGUGUGACCCAAAGCAAACCGAAAAUGGUACCAACUGCCAGAUCGUCGGCACCAAGCCCGACGGCAAAGAGGUGAAGCUGAAAGACUUACUCGGAACAAACCGCGAUGUUCAGUGGAAACCGGUGCAACCUGAGCAACAGCACGUCCGCUCCGAAACACAAAAUACAUGGAUGCUGCAGCUCGAGGAGGCAGACCUUCCUUUGUCUGACAAGAGCUUCCUUGUUGGGUGUCAAGACGCCACCACCCCUGAGCCGCCCUCAGGUACGAAGAAGGUGUGCAAGGUGACGGUGAACGUGGAAGCGAGACCUUCUGCCAUUGGGGAAAAUAAUCUCGUUACCUGUGCCUAUGGCAAAAACAGCAACCCUGCGCCCCUGAAGGUUGAGAUGACGACAGAGAAUAACACCCUCACGCUUCAGUGUGGUUCCGAGGGUAUUCUUCAUCCGACUACAUACGAAACUCGCUACUGCGACCCUGAGGAAGCAGACUUGAAGAAGUGCAACGAGAAGGACUACGUAGGUAUUCUUCCCAGCUUUGUGGAGAGCUGGUGGACGAAUGCGGAUGCGAAGACAUCCGCUACGCUGACAAUCCCGGUGACGGAGUUUCCCGAGUCAGAACAAAAAUUUCGUGUAGGCUGUGUCCCCAACACGACAAAUUCCCAAGGAUCUGAUCCUAAAGAGAAGGCUGGGGAAAACAACAACUCAGAGGCAGAUGCCACUACGUCGAAUUGCAAUGUGAUUGUGACUGUCAAGUCAGGAAGCUCUGCAUCGUCAACUGGUCAAAUGGUAGCUACAGUCUCGGGUGCAGCCGCUUUGUUAGGGCUCCUCGUGGGCUCGUUGUAA